AGGGAGAAAAGGAGAAAAAGGCAACUUAUAUGUGAUGAAAAGCAAGGGUGAAAAGGGGCAUCCUGGAGAACAAGGGCCACCUGGUGUUCAUGGAGUCAACGGCAAGCAAGGGGUUGAUGGGUGUCCUGGGCCUCCUGGACAUACUGGUCCAGAGGGUGACAGCUUUGCUGGUUUCCCUGGUGACAGGGGAACUCCAGGCAACCCUGGAUUUAGGGGCCUCAGGGGCUUAACUGGACCACAGGGUAUAGGAGUUCCUGGACCAAUUGGUGUACGAGGACUAGCAGGGAAGCCAGGACAACAAGGAAGUCCAGGUGUUACUGGACUUAAAGGGAUUAGAGGUGAUACACAGCCCCGUUUACCCACCCAACCUGGAGACCCUGGACCUAAGGGACAGAUCGGGGAUCAAGGUUGUCCAGGAGCAAGUGGAAUUUCAGGGCCCCCUGGGAACCGCGGACAACCUGGACCACUGGGGGAGAGCGGCAUUGCCGGUUGUCCAGGGCCUAACGGACCCACAGGUGCUCCUGGCCCCGUCGGACUGCCAGGACACCCUGGACUUGAUGGGAGGAGCUUUGCUGGGCUUCCUGGGAAAAAAGGCUCUUAUGGGCCCCCAGGGCUUAAAGGACCCACUGGAAGCUCAUUUGUAGGAACCCCAGGGCCCAGGGGCCCCCCUGGUCCCGACGGAUGCACUGGGCCUAAAGGAGUCCUGGGUCCUCCAGGGCGAGUAGGGGCAGAAGGGGUUCCUGGUCAACCUGGUGCAGACGGUUUGAAAGGGGAGCCAGGAGCCAGUGGGCUGCCAGGAAGACAGGGGCCUACAGGGAUAUGUGCAGUGCAGUGCCCGGCUGGCUCAACCGGCCCUGUGGGAGACACUGGACCCCCUGGCAGCCUGGGCAACCCCGGUUCCUAUGGAGACAAAGGACAAGUCGGCAUGCCUGGCCCCCCAGGGGUGGGAACCAAAGGUGUGGCAGGAACCUGUGGCCCCCCUGGAUUUCCAGGGGCCCCUGGUGUACAGGGCUAUGAAGGACCUGUAGGGGAUCCUGGGAUACCUGCAGAAAAUAGCCCGAAGGGUAAGGACUUCAAGGAAGGAAGGGCAGGAGCUCCCGGGCAGUCUGGAGAGGUUAAAGCAAUUUCGAUAAAGGGGUUGAAGGGUUCACCAGGGGACCCAGGACCGAUUGGCCGCCCCGGGCCAAGAGCAAAGUCUCAAGAGCAUGGAGGAGAUACCAGAACACAGGCCGUUACAGUAGAGCUGGACAAAAAGGGCAUCAACCCGGCAGCAGGACUGGCCAGCCUGGACCUCCAGGAUUCGAGUCUGGGUAUCAGGGGCCACCAGGGGCCUAUGGGAAGCCAGGCAAGCCUGGACCUUCAGGCUACGAAGGGCCAAAAGGCAUGGGCGGUCAUCCUGGAUGUCCUGGAGAGCCGGGUGAACCAGGAUUGGCCGGAUUACCAGGUGAUCCUGGUGGCCCUGGAAAUAUGGGACUGCAAGCUCGUGCAGGAGACGAGGGGGGUCCAGGGGAGAAGGGUCCCUCUGGACCAUCUGGAAAGGCUGGGUGUCCUGGAGUUUCUGGAGACCGGGGCCCACACGGACCUCCAGGUUUGCCAGGUGCCAAGGGCUCUAGAGGACCGCCUGGCCGAAAAGGUGCCGUCCAGCACGGAGUCCCGGGUCCCAAGGGUCUGCCUGGGUCUGAAGGUGAUCCUGGUCCUAUGGGUGUGUAUGGUCAUCCCGGUGAUGAAUGUAAAGACCCUAAAAGGGGAGAGGAAGGGAUGA